CUCAUUUCACUUCAUCAUCUCCCACCACCACCACCACCAAUCAAGGCUAUCUGACAUUUGUACACGAAGGCUCAGCAUCACUCCUCAACAACAAGGGCACACCAGCAGUAUCACGACAGCGAUCGUUCGUAUCGGAGCACGGCCACGACGCGGAUGAUGAGCGUUCCACCCCUUCGUCCACCCCCCAGCGCUCGUCUUUCGACGCCAUCAUGAGGCCUGGCAACGGCGACAGCGACGGCGGCGACGUGCCCGAGCCCGCUUACCCUGGCGAGGACACCAGGCCGACGUCCAGAAAGGAGCUCCUGGGCUUCUACGCCUACUCCUUCGCUGCGGAAGUCUUUGUCGUCUGCGGUCUCGGUGCUUUCAUCCCCAUCACUCUCGAGGACUUGGCCCGCGCUUCCUCGACUGCUGUUCUCGCGCACGAUCACAGCAAGUCAUGCAGACCACAUGGACUCGACAAACGAUCCAUGUUGUUCGACGCCACCGGCUCCGUCCUGAUGCGAGGCGACCACGACAAAACUAAAGGAGCGCAAUGUGUGUUCCAGAUCCUAGGAAUCGAGGUGAAUACCGCCAGCUUCGCCAUGUACACUUUCUCGCUAUCAGUCCUGAUUCAAGCAUUACUCGUCGUCACCAUGUCCGGAGCGGCAGAUCACGGUCGGCUUCGAAAGUCUCUCAUGAUUACAUUUGCCGUGAUUGGGGCCGUGGCAACGAUGCUCUUCCUUGUCGUGACGCCCAGCGUAUACUUACUCGGCAGUCUAUGGGCCAUCAUUGGGAACGUAUGCUUUGGAGCAUCAUUCGUGCUCCUGAACUCCUUCUUGCCUCUGCUCGUGCGCUGGCAUCCUUCUGUAAGACGCGAUAGUUCUAUAAUGCAGGAUUCUGGGGAUGACGAGCAUGAGUCUGAAGACCACGACAACACAUCGAUCGACUCCACCGCGGCGCUUCUGCGCAGAAGUGCUGACACUGAGCCAUUCCCAGCCUCCCGUGCCCUGCCUUCGGCUGAGAUGCAACUCUCGACCAAGGUCUCAUCUUAUGGUAUUGGCAUAGGCUAUCUUGCCGCUGUGAUUGUACAGAUUCUUUCCGUCUUCAUCCUCCAGGCCAUGCGUGGCGACCUCUUUUCCCUGCGACUGGUCUUGUUCUUGAUCGGCUCUUGGUGGCUCUUCUUCACCAUCCCCGCCGCAUAUCUCAUGCGACCGCGCCCAGGACCACCUCUAUCGAAAGAAGCAUCGGGCAGAUCCUGGGUGGAGUAUGUCACCUUCUCGUGGAGGAACCUCUACAAGACCAUCCUCCGAGCACGUCGACUCAAGGAUGUACUUUUGUUCUUAGCAGCUUGGUUCAUGAUCUCUGAUGCUAUCGCAACUGUCUCCGGUACCGCAAUUUUGUUCGCCAAGACCACUCUGGGAAUGGAAUCGACUGCCUUGGCCAUGAUCAAUGUCAUUGUCACCAUCUCUGGCAUCUUCGGCGCUUUCACGUGGUCUACGGCGUCACGAAUGAUGCAGUUGAAGCCUUCGCAGACCAUCCUGGUCUGUAUCUGCCUAUUCGAGAUCAUUCCCCUAUAUGGUCUACUCGGGUAUAUCCCAGCCAUCCAGCGUUAUGGCUCUUUUGGACUGCAACAGCAAUGGGAGAUGUAUCCUCUCGGGGCCGUGUACGGCCUGGUCCUUGGUGGCUUGAGCUCGUACUGUCGCAGCCUGUACGGCGAGCUGAUUCCACCGGGCAGCGAAGCAGCCUUUUACGCACUCUAUGCCAUUACCGACAAAGGGAGCAGUGUCUUCGGUCCUGCCAUUGUUGGCGCCAUCACGGACGCGACUGGUGACAUACGACCUGCGUUCUGGUUCUUGGCUGUCCUCAUCGGAACCCCGAUACCACUAAUGUUUAUGGUGAAUGUAGAGAGGGGCAAGCGAGAAGGUCACAAGCUCGCUCGCGAGACUUUACCCGAAGUGAAUCCUGAGCUGGAUGGUUCUGUGAUUCAUUGGAGUGACUCGAAUGAGUAUGAGAGUCAGGUUCACCAGUAGCAGAGUCUAGACUAUGUAUGUGCUGUACUAAUACUGAUUUGAAACAAC